AGACCCCUUAACCCUAACUCCUCUCCUCCUCCCCCAUCCAGAUCGCGCCGCCACCGCUACUCCUGUCUCUCGCACGCGAUUCCCAGCCGCCACCGCCCUACCGCGCCGCUGCCCGCCUCGCCGGCUGGCCAGAGGGCGUCAACGGCGCCGGCGAGGCCCCUCGGCCAGCCUCCUCCCCCUCGUCCUUCCCCUCCUCCUCCCCCCUCCAUCCUCCUCGAGCCGUCGGCGGCAAGAUGCCCCCGCCACCAACGCCGGCCCACCGCCGUCCUCCAGCCCCGCGAAUCCGGUGCCGCCGCCGGUGCCUCGCCGCCCACCGCCGGGCUGCCGCCUCCCCCGGCCAUCCCUUUAAGCCCGGCGAACUCUUCCUUCUUCCCCCUCCCCCUCCCACCCUUCCCACCCCACCCCACCCCAGGACCCUAAUUCUUCGCCGGAGUUUGGGUUGUCGCCGGCACCGGAAAAGAAGAGGAGUUCGUCGGAGUUGGAGAAGAAGCAGCUGGAGCACGAAUUGCGAAACACAUCCAGUGAACUAAAAUUUGCAAGAUUUAGAGGAAUCAGGCCAAACAAGCAACGCCUUGUGUCCUUAUGCAAGGAGACAUGACUCUUCUACAAGAAAGGACGCAACACCCCGGAGCAUGGCGCAGCUGCGAGAUGAGGGUGCGGGUUGGGGCAGCGUGUCUAGGAGCUCAUGGCUUGAGCUUGGUGUUGCGGUCCCCUCGUUCCAAUCAGUACGUAGUACAAGAUUGACCUCUCGCCCUAAUCUCACUUCGUUAUUUGGUAAGGCUAGAAAUUACCUCUCUAUGACUGUUGGGUUCUGGCUACUUGCAUUAUGGGCUAUAACAUCUUUAACAUAUGCUUUGGAUUGACUAUGACCCAUCUAAACAUUUUCCAUGCCAUACGGAGCAUAUGCGCUUUUUUUUUCUCGUGAAAAUUGACAAAUUAAAAUGCACCGAAAUAUCACCUUUAAUUGGUACUAUUGAUUAGGUACCAAUUUGGUACAACCCUUAAUACAAGGCCACUAUAUAAUCCUAAAGAUCAGCACAAACGAAUAUAGCAGUAUCAAUGCCAAUUACUCCUGAAAUUAAACCCGUUCCCGUUAUCCAUAUCCAUACAACUUACUGUAGUAAGUGAUUCCAAAAAUAAUACGAACAACAACACUAUAAACGCCACACUCCCAUUCGGUACACCUAAAAGAAACAAAGCUGCAGCUAAGCACCGGUAGCAGUAGCAGAAGUCACAAGGAAAAAAAAAAGCCAAUGGCGUCAGAGUCAGAGAUGAAGGCCUUCCACGCAGCACUGCUCCUCCUCCUGGCCAUGGUCCUCGUCGCAUCAUCUUCAUCAGGCGUGAUGGCGGCCAAGAUAGCGGGGCCCAAGUACUUCCAGGACACCUGCUCGGCGGUGUUGAACCCGGGCGCCCCGUCGUGCGACAGCGGCGAGUGCGCGACCAAUUGCCCGCGGCAGUACAAAGGCGGCGUGGGCCAGUGCAUCGGCACGCAGUGCAAGUGCGUCUACACCUGCGCUUCCCCGGCGCCGGCGAGCAACUAAUAACCCGGCCGGCCGGCCGAUCGAUCGGUGGUCGAUCGACGACGAUGUGCAGUACUGUGUGCACAGGGGCCGAUCAUCACUCACGCGUCGAUCAGGCUUAAAUUUUACAUACAGUGUGACGCGUGCGAUUGUUAAAUUUUGUGAUGCCUGGAGAGAUGUUGAUGAUUAAAUAAAGAGACUAUUUAU